AUGAGCAACUCCACCAAGAGAAAAGCGUCCACGGCUGGACUAUCGACGACCGGCCGUACCGUCAAGCGGAGGGCAUCCAAAGCUUGCCACUGCUGCAGAUCAAGAAAGGUUCGCUGCGAUGUUGUCGAGAGCGGCAUACCAUGCACCAACUGUAGGCUUGACGAAGUCGAGUGUAUAGUCACAGAAGGCAAGCGAAGGAGGAAGCCAUAUCCCGAGGGAGAGAUGCUUCAUCAAUCUCCUUGCCUAUCUAUAGAGGAGGAGAAGAAACAACAGUCCCAGCUCACAAUCUUCGACGACAUCGAUGGUUUGAGUGAUCUGGCUCCCGCAUUUCCUAGUAGUACAGAGCCUGCUCAGGAUCUCAAUGCAUUGGACUUCGAUCUUUGCCAUCAUCGCCCUCAUAUGCUGUAUCAAACGCAAGGCCAUCGCUUGAGCCUUGAGGAGCGUACAAGACGAAUGUCGAACAUGAGUACCAAGACGCUCCCCGCUUCGCUCGCGUUAUGUUCUGGUCCCAGUCACUUCCCACAGUUAUCAAAUCGGCAUGAGGUUGCUCUACCUGCAUACAUCAAGUCGGUCCCGCAGAGAAUGGCAAUGGAAGAUCUCGAGUAUCUGCAAAGAAAGGGGGCAUUCAUCAUCCCCGAACCCGGUCUUCGCAACGAGCUCCUCCGAUGCUAUGUCCAAUACGUUCACCCCUACCUUCCGCUUCUCGACUUGCAAGAAUUCCUGGCCACAGUGCAGAAAGACCAACCUACCGACACGGUCAGUUUGUUGCUGUUCCAAGCUGUUAUGUUUGCAGCCACAGCAUACAUUGACAUGCGCUAUCUGAUAGCGCAAGGAUACGCUACACGAAAAGCGGCCCGAAAGGCAUUUUUCCAGCGAGUUAAACUUCUAUACGACUUUGACUAUGAGAGUGACAGAGUUUCUUUGGUCCAAAGCGUUCUCCUCAUGACCUACUGGUACGAGACUCCGGAUGACCCAAAAGAUGUCUGGCAUUGGCUAGGUGUGGCGAUUUCGGUGGCGCGGACUAUUGGACUGAAUUGCGACACCUCCAACGCACCAAUGAUGUCUCUACAGCAACGUCGACUCUGGAAGAGAAUAUGGUGGUGUUGCUACAUGAGAGAUCGUCUGGUCGCCAUCGGCAUGCGCCGCCCAAUGCGGAUAAGCAAUGGAGACUCGGAUGUGCCCAUGCUCGAGCUGGCAGACUUUGAAACCGAUCCCCUGCCGGCGCAGCUUACCAGAAUGCUCGGAGGCUGUCCUACGGUCAAGGAUAGCACCAAGAGGGUGGCUUUGGCGAGAAUGUGCAUCGCGCUAGCCAAGUUGUGUGUUUGCAUCAGCCAAGUCCUUGCCGUUCAAUAUUCCACACUUGGCCAUAAGAUCGGAGUAACACAAGAAACGACCAUGCGGCUGGUUCCCAAAAAGUGCCCAGCAGAUUCGUGUGAGGUGAUCCGAUGUGAUCGCGAUUUGGAGUCAUGGUUCACAGACAUGCCCCAAGAUCUCCAUUAUUUUACUCCAGGCUCCCGGGUUCGGACCAACGCCGUCGAUGGCGAGGUUCUUAACGUUCAUCGAGCCCUUUUGCAAGGAAUUUAUCUCACGGCUCUCAGCGCUCUUCACCGUCCUCAGAUUCUACCAUCUGCGCCAGAUGUCGCCGUGGUUCCAGAAUUGCGAGACUUGUCGAAGAGAAAGCUCCGCGAGGCUGCCAACGACAUUACCGAUAUGUACCGAGAUCUUUUCGUCCACGACAUGAUACGCUUCCUACCGAACACCGGUGUCACCUGCCUCAUGCCAGCCAUCAUCAUUCACCUCCUCGAUCUGAAGUCUCCCGAUACGGAGACUCGAGAAGCCAGUGUUCGCAAAUUCCAAUUUUGCAUGCAGGCGCUACAGCGGCUACGGGAGAUUUACGCAUCUGCUGAUUGGGCGUUCUCAUUCCUCGAUGCUGCUGUGCGAAAGACAAAUUCCCACGUAUCUGCCACAGCCUUGCCUGUGAAGUCCUCUUCCUCCUCAAACAGUCCCCAGCUGGAUCAAAAACAAGGUCCUGGUGGACAACUGCUCCUCACUCCUCCACCCGAAGCCAUGCAGACUGCCAGCAGGAUAGUGUUCAAUUCGACCCUGGCUCCAGAGGAGAAGAAUCUGUUUUCCGUCUUCACGCCUCCAGGAUCGACAGAAUCAGAUGGUGGCUUACGGUCGUACUCCAUGGGUGGUCGUGACGCCUCCUUGACAAAUUACGAUGAUCCCACCCGUUAUGAAAUGGGUGAGAAGCCUCUCUUUUCGGAACUGGUUGAUGCAGAUUUCGAUUCGGUGGUCGAUUUUCAAGAUGGCAAUGACUUAUUUUCCAGCGUCGAAGACGGGCUAGAAAUGAACAUAUCAUGGCUGGACGCAUUCGAUGGGAGCGAGAUGAACUCGAACGGAGGCUCGUUUGUGUUGGCGAAACAAGAGCCCCGCGAGGCUGAGAACAUGUCAGGCUAUGCUGAACAGAACCUCGAUAUUUGUGGCGAGCUUGAAGUCGACCUAGGCAUUACUGCCGCUGCCUGA